UAAUUGUAAAUUACUGUGAUAAAAUAGAAAAAAAUUCGACAUGGUAUUUCCAACAAAAAUAGCGCAUAAAGCAAAUAGAAUUUCCAAUCAUUAUUAUAAUGUUUUUGUAAUAUAUUUAUUAAUGUUUACAUUAUUUAUUAUUUUGAUUGCAACAUAUAUCUUUACAUUUGAAAGUACACAGAAGCAUUCAGUAUAUAAUGCUAUUGUUUUUAACGAUUUGAAUUCUUUACCUGUACAUACAAUAGAUGCAGAUUCUCCAACGGCAGAUGCCACAAAUUCAUCUUGUACAUAUUUUAGUUGUUUUAAUGUUUAUCGCUGUGGUAGUCAAGGAAAUAAGCUUUUAGUGUACAUUUAUCCGCCAAAAAUCUAUGUAGAUGCUUUAGAAAGACCUGUUACAAGUCAAAUGUCAAAAGAAUUUUAUCAGAUUUUAUUUACUAUAAUUUCAAGUAAAUUUUAUACACCAAAUCCAUAUGAAGCAUGUAUUUUUAUACCAUCACUUGAUACAUUGAAUCAAAAUAGAUUAAAAUUACAAGAAGUUUCACAAGCUUUGAAAUCAUUACCAUUCUGGAAUAAUGGAGAAAACCAUGUUGUAUUUAAUAUGGUAUCUGGAAGUGUGCCUGAUUAUAACACAGUCAUUGAUGUAUCAGUUGGAAAAGCAAUGAUUGCAGGAGCUGGAAUGUCAUCGUUAACAUAUAGAUCAGGUUUUGAUAUCAGUUUACCAGUAUACAGCCCUUUAACAAAUAAUUUUAAACCAAAUAUUAGUGAUACAAGAUUGUGGUUAGCUAUUUCAUCUCAAAUUAAUAUUAACUCUGCUUUUGAGCAAGAUUUAUUAGAAAUUAAAUCCCUAUCACCAAAGGAUAUAUUAAUAUUAGGACCAUGUUUACAGUAUAGUUCUAUGAAUAGUACAAUUCGAUGUGCAGGAAUAGAUGUUUAUAAAUAUCCUGAUGUACUUCAAACAGCAACAUUUUGUUUAGUAAUUCGGGGUGCAAGACUUGGGCAAAGUACACUUUUAGAAUGUAUGGCUACAGGUUCUAUACCUGUAAUUAUAGCUGAUUCUCUUGCAAUGCCCUUUCAUGAUGUAAUUGAUUGGACUAGAGCUGCUAUAUUUAUACGGGAAGUAGAUAUUUUAUCUGUAAUAUCUGUAUUAAAGAAGGUAUCACCAAAACGAAUUACAGAACUUCAAAAACAGGGUGCAUGGCUUUAUGAAAAAUAUUUUAAAUCUAUGGAAAAAAUUACAGAAACAACAUUAGAAAUACUUGCAGAUCGUGUAUUUCCACAUUUAGCUAGAGAUUACACUUUCUGGAAUGUGUCACCUCGUAAGGAUAUUACAUCUCCUCUUUUCUUACCUAUUACCGCACCAAAAACUCGAGGAUUUACUGCGGUAAUUUUAACAUAUGAUAGAUUAGAAUUAUUAUUUCUUUUAAUUAAUAAGCUUGUUAAAGUACCAAGCUUAAGUAAAGUUCUAGUAAUUUGGAAUAAUCAACAUAAAGAUCCACCACAUUCAUCUAGGUGGCCAAAAUUAAAUAAACCAUUAAAAGUUAUACAAACAAAAGAAAAUAAAUUAUCUAACAGAUUUUAUCCAUAUGAUGAAAUUGAGACUGAAGCAGUUUUGUCAAUAGAUGAUGACAUUAUUAUGUUAACUGCAGACGAAGUAGAAUUUGCCUAUGAGGUUUGGAGAGAAUUUCCCGAUCGAAUAGUUGGUUUUCCAUCUCGAAUUCACAUCUGGGAUAAUGGUACAAGUUGUUGGAAGUAUGAAAGUGAAUGGACUAAUAGUAUUUCGAUGGUCCUAACUGGAGCUGCAUUUCAUCAUAAAUAUUGGAAUUAUAUGUAUACUACCGCCAUGCCAGGUGAUAUCAAAGAAUGGGUUGAUGAUCACAUGAAUUGUGAAGACAUUGCCAUGAAUUUUUUAGUAGCAAACAUUACGAAAAAAGCACCGAUAAAAGUAACACCAAAGAAGAAAUUUCGAUGUCCAGAGUGUACAAAUACUGAAAUGCUUUCAGCGGAUCUAGCACAUAUGGUGGAACGUACACAAUGCAUAAAUAAAUUUUCUUCAAUUUAUGGGUCAAUGCCAUUACAGUCAGUUGAAUUUCGAGCAGAUCCUGUUUUAUUCAAAGAUAUAUUUCCUGAAAAACUCAAAAGAUUUAAUGAUAUUGGAAGCUUAUAAAUGUGUUAUUCAUUUUAAUAAUGCAAGAGGGUAUACUAAAAUGAACGUAACUAGGUCUAUAUAUACGUUCGUUAUAACAUUUGUUUGUUUUAACAUGCAUUAAGGUGUAUGUAUAUUUAGGGGUAAUUUGUUCCAAACCCACAAAUGUGAGUAAUCACAAUUUUCUGUUUUCAUUUUUUAGCAAUGAGAACAGAAUGAAAACAUUCGUGUAUAUUCAUGUAUUUAAAUUUAUUAAAUAUAAUUUGUUGAUUCA